UGGGAUCAGCUCAGUGAGAUGAAAGGCAUAAAGCGGAACCCGCUGGCACUGGGGAAAGCUUCCAACACACAAUCCACGGCAAGCACAGCUUGGGAACAAAAAAAAAAAGUGUGUGAGGGAGAGAGAAAGAAAAGGCUACAGAUCCAGCUAUUCAACUCCAAGAAUCAUGUCUUCCCCCUUCCCACGACAAAAAAGGAGGGUAGGUGGGCUUUCAGUGAUGACUUUUUAUUAAAUGUAUUUGAGAAAAAGAGGAAGGUAGAGAAUGGAGCACAGCUACCUACUGUAAAGCAAGCUCUUUCUCUCUCCAGUCUCCAAAGCACUGCCUUUGAUGUAUGGCAACAGAUCACUGAUCAGAUUACAGGCAUUUGGUCUCACUGCUCGUCUCCCUUUGAUCUGCCUGCUUAAUUUUAUUUUCCUGGAUUUGAAGUUUGCCUGGGCUUGUGCUGACAUACUUUAAAAAAAAUGAGAUGAACGCAUUUAAUACAGUACAGAAGCUCUGGCAGAGUGAAAUUCAGUUGCAGAAAGGGUGACUAUUGGAUAAACGACAGCCUACAUCAGAUUUAGUACUUCAUUAAAGGAAAGACUUCAGAAAUGGAUACAAAAAGGUCACAUUGGCAUACUAACAUGCUGAAGUUGCUGAUACUUCUGACAGGUUUUACAGAUACUGUAAUUUGUGAAACAGGAGACUGUAGAGAGCAAGAGUUCAGAGAUCAUGAUGGAAACUGUAUGCUGUGCAAACAGUGUGGACCUGGAAUGGAACUGUCUAGGGAAUGCGGCUUUGGAUAUGGGGAGGAUGCUCAGUGCAUGACAUGCAGGCCAAACAGAUUCAAGGAGGACUGGGGCUUUCAGAAGUGCAAACCAUGCUUGGACUGUGCUCUGAUAAAUCGAUUUCAGAAAGCCAAUUGUUCUGCUACCAGCAAUGCUGUUUGUGGAGACUGCUUACCAGGAUUCUAUAGAAAGACAAAGCUUGGGGGCUUUCAAGAUAUGGAGUGUGUUCCUUGUGGUGAUCCACCACCUCCUUAUGAACCUCACUGCACUACAAAAGUGAAUCUGGUGAAAAUCCCAUCAACUGCUUCCAGCCCACGAGACACUGCUUUAGCUGCUGUUAUAUGCAGCGCACUGGCCACUGUACUGUUAGCUCUCCUCAUCCUUUGUGUUAUCUAUUGCAAAAGACAAUUCAUGGAAAAGAAGCCAAGCUGGUCUAUGAGAUCACAGGAUAUUCACUAUGAAGGCUCUGAACUUUCAUGUUUUGACAGACCACAACUUAAUGUGUAUGCUCAUAGAACAUGCUGCCAGUGUCAGCAGGACCCAUCACAAAUGUGUCGCCCAGUGCAUUUGAUUCCAUCCCUGUGCUGUGAUGAGACAUGUAGUCUGGAACGCAGCUGUCAUAGGUGCCCUUUUCACUCUUGGAAUACACUUCAUGAAAGGAAUUCAAAUUCUGUUGGGGAAAUGAUUCCAGCAUUCCUUGGUUCUCUUUCACAUUCUACCUGUGGAGAUCUUUCGGAUGCUUGGCCCCUUAUCCAAAAUCCAGCUUGUUGUGAUAGUAUUUCUUUCUGUGAAUCACACCCUGACCUAACAGGAGAAGAUGAAAAUUCUUUCAGCCUAGAGACUGAAAAAACAGGUAUUAUGGAUUCAGAUGAUGAACAGGAUUUAAGGGUACUCACAUCUACAAAAUCUCAUUUUGGAAGCUUGACAGAAUCAACUGAACUUUCCAGUAAGACUGCUCCCAGUAUCACUGCUUCAUUAAAUCAGUUCUUUGCUGUUAAACCACUGUCAACAACAGAGCUUGAUGGAACAGUUACUGAUUCUACAAAUUAAUGGCCAGGAAUCUGAAGGACCUUUCCUGGCAGCCCUUAAACUGAAUGCUUCCCCACAGGCUUCUCUUUUAAUGCUUGUGAAUGGAAUGUGGCCUGGAUCUCGAUGUUACAAGGUUUCUGAAACAGCUGAAAUAAACUGGCAGCAUUUCAAAGGUCUCGAGCAGUUGCACUAGAAAGACAGCAGCUGCAUGGAAAACUUCAAGGAGCAGCUUGGUAAAAGACCAAAGGCAGAUCACGCAACUCUGUCUCUUUGCUAAACAGCGAGCUUCUGCAUCUCAGUGCCACAUAAGGAAAGUUUGGUGGACUGAUCUCACUGCUAAGCAGAUUAUGUCAAUGUAACGAGCAAUUGAAUGGCAUUUUUGAAUGCGUAUGGCUACUAACAGCAGCAGGUGUGUGUCAGGGGUUUGGCCACUAUUCUGUUGGUAAAAGGAAGCAUUUAAUAGGAUUUUCAGCAAGCUGUGCUGAGUCAAUGUAGAAUGUGCCAAAAAUCCAGCUUUUUUAAAUAAAAAGUUGAAAAUGCAGUGCUUUCUUACACUUUGUUGUGAACUUGGGAACUAUGGGAUCUGCCUGUUGCAGCACACUAUGCAUACAUAUUUGUGUGUGGGAAAACAUGCUGUGAAAAUUGAAAGACUGUACUAAAGUGCUUUUUGCACAGUUAUUUACAGUGCAACCCUAGCAAUGUUUACUCAUAGAGCUAAGUCCCAUCAUAGUCAGUGAUGCUUAUUCUAGAUACGUGUGCAGUUCUGACAUGGCAGCAGCCUUCCCUGCUAAAAGAUGUUAACUCCAACCUCCCGUUAAAUAUUUCUCCUUUUUUUUUUUUUUUGCAUUUUCAUCAUGGUGUGCUAAAACUGUGGUCACUUUGACAGGAGAGUUAAAUACUUUAAAGUCCUAUUGACUUCACUUGAAAUGCUUUUUAGUAUUGCUGACUCUCGCAGUAUAGUCAGUGGAACUUAAAAGUGUUUACUUUUGACUAAACUAUACUCUGUAAGUUUGAACCAAAUAAGUGAGACUUUCAUGUUAUACUGAGUGGAGAGUGCAUUAGAAUCAUACAAAAUAAAAUAAGGCUGCAUUCUCAUACGCACCAACUUGGGAAACAAGUCCCAGUGAAUUCUGUAGAAUUUAGCUGCAAGCAAACAUGCAUCUGAUCCACUUACUAUAGAAAACUUGUUAUGUUUUUAUACACUAGGGAAAACCAGCACAUAAUUUGUACAUUUUUGCAUGAGGAACUAUAUAUGUGUGUAAACUUUGUGAAGGAAAAAAAAGUAAUCCAACCUGCAUUUCAGUAUUCUACAAAACUGUUGAUAGGCUAUGCGUAAAGACUACUAUUUACCUAUGUAAAUUGCUUUCAAAAUGACUUCUUGUCAUAUUUUUUCUCACUCUAGUAUGUGUCCCAUUGGAAUUAUUACUAGAUUUCUCUACCGGCACACUAAGAUCAAAUGUUUAAAAUGAAGCAAGAACAGGAUUUUAAAAUGUGUAUAUUCUGUAAAUGCAGUUUACAAAAUGUUUGAUUUAACCAAAUUGGUCUUGAUUAUGUUGCCUAUGGCAAGCAAUGUUGUAUAUGCCGAUAUAAAAAACACACACAUACACUGCUAGGGUGCUUGCUUUUAAAAAAAAAUGUUUUCUCAAUAUUCUUUUACAUGCAGGAAUUCAAGGGGGGGGCCUGUAAAUUACAAUUUUAUGUACAUGUAUAUAUAUUUUUCUAUUUGUUAAUAAAUACUCAUUUAAAUAC